GGGGAAAUAUCUAGAAGAUAAUUUCACAAGAGGUAUGCGAUCGUUCGGUUCUGGGAAUAUGGACAAGAGAAGGGUCGCAAGCAAUAAACGCUCCGAAGACAACGUGGUUCAAAUUGUUCGGCUUCUCAAACAUCGGAGUCUGGAACCGAUAAUUGUUUUCAGCUUCAGUAAAAAGGAGUGUGAAAUCUACGCACUCCAGUUGGCCAAAUUCGAUUUCACCACAGAUGCUGAGAAAAAGGUGGUCGAUGAGGUGUUCCGAAACGCUAUCGAUGGGCUAUCAGCAGAAGAUAGAGCUCUACCCCAGGUGGAAAGCGUUCUACCUCUACUUCGUCGUGGGGUCGGCAUACAUCACGGAGGAUUACUUCCCCUGUUGAAAGAGACCGUUGAGAUUUUGUUCGGUGAAAACCUGAUCAAGGUGACCCAUUCCUGCCUCCCCCAUGCAGUGUUCACACAAGCGUUACCUUAG